AUGAUUUGUUUCCCUGGCGCUGAACAUGUGGAAAUUUCAGCCUAUGCUUAUAGGCGUCGCAUGACAGGUGUUGGGCUGAGUUAUGAUGCCCGCCAGCGCCUUCACAUUCAGUGCCCAGAAUGCGAUGAGACUCUGGCAACGGGUUCCCUCAAGGCCCAUCUACGUGCUCGUCACCACAUUGAGCAGCUGGAAACACUUGAUAAGGAGCCCCCUGAACCCCAACAACCCACUUCAUACACCAUCGAAUGGCCAAAAACUGAGAAGAAGCGCCCCUGCCCUUGCCCCGUUCCUUCUUUCCCGGGUCAGCCCGCGUCAAUGAAUGGAAUGCGACAGCAUUUCAUGCGGAAGUACCCAGACCAUACCCUGUGUAUCCGCAAUGAAGGCUCGGCACCGUCACCACGUUGUGCUGCUUGCAGCAUGCACGUUACUUAUGCCGCCCUUAAUACAACACACCCCAACUCCAAGUUGUGCCUUAAGGGCCAGGAACGGAAAGCAAAACGAGCCCGUUUGGCAGCCGUGGAGCAAUCUAAAGCGGUCACUUUCACUGCCCUUGGAGCGCCCAUUGAGAAUGUCACCUCCUUUUGCUAUUUAGGUCGCAUUUUAUGCGCCAAUAACAGUGAUUGGCCUGCGGUGUACAAGAACCUCAGCAAGGCACGUCAAAAGUGGGCCUUCAUUUCCCACCAACAGGAUGAUUGA